UUUUUGUUGUUUGUAGAUAAUUCUGUUCUGUCUGACGAAACUGUGUUGUAUUGAAGAUGAACGUCAAACUAACCUUAGAAUCGCGUUUUAGGAUAAGGAUGGGAAGUAUAGCAUAGGAAUGGUUUCAUUUUUCCAUUCGUAAAUUGUUUACACAAUUUUGUUUAGUUUCUGCAAUUUUGCAACUUAAUCUUUCCAUGUGACAUCCAUGUUAAAAGGUUUGAACCUAGGUCCAGUUCAAGGAUUGAGAUACAUACAUUACAAGUUGUAGCGUUCAACAAAGAAUAUUGGAUCAAUCUAAGAUGAUCCCAGUGUACUGUCCAUUGUGUUGCGAUCAGCCUUUUGAGGAUCAGCAGACCUUAUUCUUUCAUCUUCGAGGUCUGAGGAACAACCUCUUCUGUCCAAUCUGCUCAGAACGGUUCUCAUCUUUGGAGUACCUCAUUGGCCACUUGGGACGCAAAUGUAAUGGACCACUGUCACCUCCAGAGGCGAAGAGAAAAACGAUUAUCCAGCUCAAAAUGCAGUGAUGGCGAGCCAACACAAUCCAGUGUGGAUUCAUCCGUACGUGAUCAAACGAAAGAAAUUGAAGUAAUUGAUCUUAUUAAUCAUGUUGAGGAUCAGUCCUCGACUGAAGAUGUGACCUGCAUAGGACAGAAUGGAACACAGAACAAAGAUGCUUUGAAACUUAUCCCACAAAAAUUUGUUAACAGGUUGUCCAAAAGUAUAACAUUGAGUGUUGAACCAGUACAAAAAACUUCUGAGCAAAAAAAAAUUAUCAGUUCUUCAUCCACAUCAAUAAAAUUAACACCCAGGAAAACUCCACAUUCCACUUCAGUGCCUGUCUCUGUUCCUGAUAAUACACUAAAAAAGCUGGCAAUGAAUUCUGCCCUUGAUAUUGAACUGAAAUCACAAAGUGGAAAGAAAGGAAAAUCAUCAUUAAAACCUUCUCUUUCUAUUAUUACUCCUAAAAAUGUGUCAGACAUGAGUGACCCAAGUGUAAAAGUUACCACUGGAAUGCCAAAGUCUCAAAAGCCCGGGCCUCUAUCUUACAAAAGUCGGCUAAGGCAUGACGACACCUCUUGUUCCAUGUCAGUGGGUAAAAGUCAGGAAAAUAAUUUACCAGUAACUUCUGAGACUGUGUCAGAAGCUUUAACCUCUGUUUGUGAUACUAGUACUACAAAUUCUACUUCUGAAUCAGGUGUUACAACAACCUCAAAUUCAGCUUAUACAUCGAGUACAAAUACAGUAACUCCUAAAACUGAUCCACAACGUCGGAAACGGGGCCGACCACGAAAAUACCCGGUAAAGAAUGAGGAAUUAACAAAUGAUAAAAAAACAAAAUGUUCUACCAAACGGGUUUUGGAGAAAUCUGUUGAACCUGAAAUUCUAUCAUCAAAAAAGUUGCAAAAGGAAAUGGCUUCAAAGAACAAUUCAGUACCAAAAGGUGCAUUAAAAAAUAUCACCAUAGACGGGUCAAGAGAUGACAGUGUUUUAGAUAAAAUCACAGAUAACACAAUGGAUGAACUGGUUUAUAACGAUGACAAUGAUUCUCCAAAGGCCAGUUGUGUUGACAAUGAAAGUUCAAAAACAGAUUGUUCAAGUCCAAAGAAAGCAGAUGAAGACAGUAAAGUUAAAGAUGGAAAUGCACAGAAUGAGGAGGAAGAGGAGUAUACUUGCUCUGCAUGUAAUAUUAGGUUUACUUCCAUUUAUGAACACAUCAAAGAGCACCACAAUGGAGAAGAAGUUGUAGUUGAGGUACCAGAAGAAGAAAUUAAGGAGGAUCUAAAAGUAUACCAGAAUGAGAAUAGCACCAAAGUGGCAGUGGAUCCUCUAGCUGUGGCAGUGGAUCCUCUAGCUGUUGCUAGAGAUACAACUGACAGUGUCAAUGAUAUAGAUGCCAAUAGUGGUAAUACAUCUGUUAAGGAUUGUACUACCUCAACUGCAAUAGAAAGCAAUAAAAUAUCCACUAACCACUCCAGAACUGAGUCUGCAGAUGAGGGAGGUGGCAAAAACAUCAGCUGCUCCAAAUCUGUGAUUGAUGUACGAGAAUCAACAAAGGGUGAAUGGGUGCAAACAGUAUGUAAUCAUAGAAGAUAUUACCAGUUUGUGAGUGAUCAUACAAAACUGAAGGAUAUACUGGACGAAAUGAAAGGCAAUAAGAGGGUUCACCCUAGAUUUAAAAAGCCAGUGGAGGACCUGUUUUUGAGUCCAGAAAUCAAUAUGGUAGAAAUUAGUCAUAAACCAAAAAGUCCAUUCUUUGUUACUAGGACUAUUGAUUUUAACAACCCCAUACCGAUGUAUGUAGUGGAAAGGCAGGCAAAGGAUACUGAGACUCCCCUAGGUGGCAUCGCAAGUUACAUCAUGGCUAAUCCUUCACGAACCAGCCCCUCCUCGGUUUCAGAGGAUACUAAGGUGAUAGCAGUGAUGAAAGUGGUAUUGGGCAAGGAUAGGCGACUGACUAUGGAGAAUAUAGUGUUCAAGGAAAAGCCUGUAACUCAAGACAUGAUUCCUAUAUUAGUGGAUGUGUCAGAUCCGGAAAUUCCUCUACUUAAAGGGAGCAAAUUGCUGAAGUGGAAGUGCACAAAGUGUUUAGCCACAACAUGGAAGUUUCCUAUUUCUAAAGACACACACUCGUGUUUCGCAUGCACCAUUUGCCACAAGCCUUUUGCCAGCAAGAUGUCGCUCAUCAAGCACAUGGUUAUACAUGAAAGACAGAAGGACAGCAACAACGACAGGUUCUGUGAAGAGUGUCAGACUGCGUUUGUGAAAAGAUCAGGUCUCAUGAAACACAUGAAGAUACACGACACUCACACGUUGUGUAGCCUUUGUAAACUGUUUGUACCCAAAGGACAAGAAACAGACCAUCAACAUCUGCAUGAGAAAAGUCCUCAGGAACAAUUUCCUUGCUGCAUCUGCAUGAAGGUGUUUCGAUCCACUGAAGAGAUGAAGCAACAUGAGGCGAGAAUGUGCAAUAAACUGGUAGCCAAGUAUAAAUGUGUUCACUGCGACAAAAGGUUCUACUCUGUCAUCGCCCUCUCGUACCACUCAAGGGAGCACAAGAAUGUGAAGAUCAAGAUCCCUUGCCAGUACUGUGAUAAAAAGUUCAUCUUGGAGAAAGAACGGACUCACAAUAAGGCAGGAAAAAGAAAACCUUCGGGCUUCAUUCAAAAAUUGUGGCAUGAAAGGAUACACACACGCCACCGGCCCUUCUUGUGCUCCUCCUGUCCCAAAAGGUUCCGCAACCAACACCAUCAUGCAUCGCACGUGACGCAGGCCCAUAUACCACCCACUAGUUGUAAAACAUCUGUUCAUAUGUGUCAUGUGUGUGACAAAGUGUUCCAGAACGCGUCUUUACUGACGUCACAUCUCAGGGAACACAGUGUUACUUAAAUGUUGUUUUAACAUUGGAGCACUAAUCGUCUCAUGUAUUAUUUAGUUAUUGCAGUUUUAAUAAGUGUGUAAGUUUAAAGUAGUUAUAGAGAAAAAAGGAAUAUAGCAUAUGUAUUGAAUUGUUUGGUAAAUCCAAAGGAUAUAGUCUGUGAUAUCCGUAAAUAUUAUACUAAAAUUUGGUUAAUUGUAGGAGUUAUUAUUUUUAAUAUUGAGGGUUUAAAAGUACAAAGAACUACUUUUUUAAAUAUGCAUAAAAUAUUUUCUUUAAAAUAUGGGCUUACAAUGCAUUACAUUUACAAUAUAUACAAUUUAUUUAUAGUCUAAUGUAUUUGUUUAUGUUAUUGAACAAUUUUAACAAUACACUACUUUUGAAUUUUCAUACUUAAUAAUAUCAAAGAAUUGUA